AUGGAGCAGGUGCAUCAUGGAGGACAGGAGGCCGGGUCGGUGGGAGGCCUGCAGCAGCUGGGGCCCCGGGACAAACGGAGCACAGAGGACUCCAGAGAAUACUGUUCUGGAGGAUACCAUCCGGUGCAAACUGGUGAUGUGUUCAACAGCACGUACCAGGUGUUGUCCAAACUGGGCUGGGGGUAUUAUGCCACGGUCUGGCUCUGUCUGGACCUCAGGUCGAGUAAACACGUGGCAGUGAAGGUUCUGAAGAGCGGCCCUGGGUUUGCUCAAGCUGGACUCGAUGAACUGUCUCUGCUCAGAUGUGCGGGCAGUGCCACACAUCGUCACCUCCACAGCCAGAGGAUAGUCCGACUGUUGGAUGAAUUCAAAGUGGUCGGGAUCAAUGGAGUCCACAUGUGUCUGGUCCUGGAGCUGCUGGGACCUAGUCUGAGGAGUGUAUUGUGGGACUGUGGGACCCCGGGACUGCCCCGGACUGUGGUCAGACCGAUCCUGACUCAGGUCUUGCAGGGUCUGUCUUAUCUCCACUCUCAGUGUAAGAUCAUCCACACAGACGUCAAACCAGAAAACAUCCUUCUGUGUGACAACCACCACAACUCUCCACCAGGGGGCACCGGCAGCUCCUCAGUCCACUCCAUCAACAACAACUUGACAGCUGGAGACCAGAUGUCUCUCCGCAGUCUGAAGCAGAUUGAAGUGAAGAUUGCUGACCUGGGCAGCUCCUGUUGGGUGUACAAGCACUUCUGUGAGGAGAUCCAGACCCGGCAGUACCGCUCUCUGGAGGUUCUCGUGGGACUGGACUACGGCCCUCCAGCUGACGUCUGGAGUGUGGCCUGCAUGGCUUUUGAGCUGCUAACGGGAGACUCUCUGUUCGAGCCCAAACCAGCAGACUCCUAUUCUCUGGAAGAAGAUCAUAUCGCCCAGAUAAUGAUGCUGCUGGGUAAAAUCCCACCAGCUAUCGCUCUGAUGGGAAAAUACUCUGCAGAGUACUUCAACCGCAGAGGAGAUUUGCUGAGAGUGGGUAAAGUGAAGUCGUGGAAACUGUAUGACGUCCUGGUGGAGAAAUACCACUUCCUGCUGAAGGAGGCGUCGGACUUGUCAGACUUCCUGUUGCCCAUGUUGGAAUAUUACCCUGAGAGAAGGGCAACUGCCGCACAAUGCCUCCAACACCCCUGGCUCUCCUCGUCCUGA